AUGCAAUCCCAGGCCAGUCAGCUUCGAAUAAGAGAAGUAUGGGCUCCAAAUCUUCCAGAAGAACUAGAGCUUAUUCGACAAAUCAUUGAAACCCAUCCUUACAUUGCGAUGGACACUGAAUUCCCUGGCGUGGUCGCAAGACCAAUUGGAAACUUCAAGACGUCUUCUGAUUACCAUUAUCAGACUAUGCGGUGUAAUGUGGAUCUCCUCAAGAUAAUACAAGUCGGUAUCACGUUGACGGACGAGGAAGGAAACUAUUCACCGGAAGGAUCGACGUGGCAGUUCAACUUUCGCUUCAGUUUGAAUGAAGAUAUCUACGCCCCAGAGUCAAUAGAACUGCUACAAAAGUCCGGAAUCGACUUUCAGCGUCACGAAGACAUUGGAAUCUCGCCGAAUGACUUUGCGGAGCUGAUGAUCACCUCGGGGCUGGUACUGGCACCGGAGACCAGGUGGAUAUCAUUUCAUAGCGGAUACGAUUUCGGAUAUUUCGUCAAGCUGUUGACGGCGGAAUCGUUACCCACAACCGAAGAUUCGUUUUUUGAUCUUCUGCGGACGUGGUUCCCUACCGUCUACGAUAUCAAGUUCAUGAUGCGAGCUACCAAAUUAAUGAAGGGCGGGUUACAAGAUAUCGCGGACGACCUUGGUGUACAACGCGUCGGGAUUUCUCAUCAGGCAGGCUCCGAUUCACUCCUUACCUCGUCCGCGUUCUUCAAGAUGCUCGAAACGUAUUUCCAGGAUGGAUUUGACGACUCGGAAUACAACGGAAAGCUCUACGGUCUGGGACAAACCUUUACGGUUAUUAAUGGGUCACUGGCGGAUUCUGGACGACCUGGUGCGGCGACGCUUGCAGAGAGAGAGGAUAGGAAUCCAGUUAGGGAAAUGCCUCCUCCAAAUGGCCAAACGCCAUCUGUCUCAAUGACAAUGGCAAUGCCCACCAUACCUUCCCAAAUAGCGCCUACAGCCUAUGGACCAAUGGGCAAUGGACCGUCUUAUCUAAGGACCUCAUUAGUCGGAGGACGAUAA